AUGUCUCUCACAAACGCAACUCCAGAGGCCGCCGCCAAGGAGGCAAAGAACGCCUCUUUUGCUUUAGCCUCACUUCCGGCUUCGGCGCGUAAUGCUGCACUUGAAGCCAUUCACGCCGCCCUCUCUUCCGCCAAGGACGAUAUUCUGGCUGCCAACGCUCGCGACCUCGAGCUCGCCAAGAAAGCCGCUGCCGAUGGUUCAUUAAGUGAGGCUCUCGUGUCCAGGCUGGACCUGGGCAAGAAGGGCAAAUGGGAGGACAUGUUGAAAGGCAUACUGGACGUUAGGGAUUUGGAAGACCCAGUUGGAAAGAUUCAAUUGAGAACCAAACUCGACGACGACUUCAUCCUCGAGCGAGUGUCUUGCCCCAUUGGUGUGAUCCUUAUCAUCUUUGAGGCUCGUCCCGAAGUCAUUGCCAAUAUUGCAAGUCUGGCUGUCAAGUCUGGCAACGCUGCCAUUCUCAAGGGCGGCAAGGAGUCUACCGAAUCAUUCGUGGCAAUCUCCAAGGUCAUUUCCUCCGCUCUCGAAAAGACCGAGGUCCCCAACGGAGCCAUCCAACUAGUAACAACCCGUGAUGCUAUUGCCCAGCUCCUCGCACAAGACCGCUACAUCGACCUCGUCAUCCCCCGAGGAUCCAACGAGCUCGUCAGAUACAUCAAGGAGUCAACCAAAAUUCCUGUCCUCGGACACGCGGACGGUCUUUGCUCCAUCUACCUAACUGCCAAAGCGGACCCUGAAAAGGCAAUCACGGCCAUUGUCGACGCCAAGACUAGUUAUCCCGCCGGAUGCAACAGUCUUGAGACCCUCCUCGUCCAAGACACCGCUCUCAACUCCUCUUUCCCUGGCGUGGCCGCUGCUCUAACUGCCAAGGGCGUAUCACUACGCUGCGAUCCUGCCAGCAAAGCCGCUUUGGCUUCCCUCACCGAUGCCAAUAUCCAGGACGCCACCGAGGCCGACUUCAACACCGAAUUCUUGACCUUGACCCUCGCCGUCAAGACAGUCUCCAACGUUGACCAGGCCAUCGAGCAUAUCAACACCCACGGCUCUCACCAUACCGACUCAAUCCUGACUUCUGAUGCCGCCGAGGCCGAAAAGUUCAUGAACCAGAUUGACUCUGCAGGCGUGUACUGGAACGCCUCGACCCGCGUGGCAGACGGCAUGCGCUAUGGUUUCGGCACAGAAGUCGGCAUCAGCACCAACAAGAUUCAUGCUCGUGGGCCCGUCGGCCUCGAGGGCUUGACUAUUUACAAGUACAAGAUUCGGGGUGACUACCAAGCCACGGCUACCUACGGUGAUGGAGAGGGCAAGCGACCAUGGAAGCAUGAAAAGCUGUCCAUUGAAUAG